CGUAUGAAAGGAUGUCGCUGAAAGGACACGAGCUUUUGUUGGCAGGACUCGAGUCGUGAUCUCGCUUGCGUUCGCUCAAUUAACGCUUGAAUCGUGAAUUUUUAUUUUAGUUAGGAAAGUUUUUGUCUUCAGUGACUGUGAUAUUAUUUUAAGUAGAUUUAUUUGUUUCGUUCGGAGUUUUUCAUUUCGCCGGAAUUUACCUAAAAUCAAUGCAACAUGUAUGGCCUAAUUCUGGAAAAUAUGUCCGAGUACAUAAAGCAAACCUACGGCGAGGAAAAAUGGGAAGAGAUAAGACGAGCCGCAGCCGUAGAUCAACCGAGCUUCAGCACACAUCAGGUCUAUCCUGAGGGUUUGAUCCCUCGACUUUCUAAAAAGGCUGUACAGAUAUUAAAAGUCAGUGAAAAAGAUUUCUUUGAGCAAAUGGGUGUAUUUUUCAUCGGAUUUGUCAGUCAGUAUGGUUAUGACAGGGUAUUGUCGGUGCUAGGACGUCACAUGCGGGAUUUUCUUAACGGUUUAGAUAAUCUGCAUGAAUAUCUUAAGUUCUCUUAUCCCAGGAUGAGGGCGCCGAGUUUCAUUUGCGAGAAUGAAACUAAACAAGGACUGACGCUCCAUUACAGAAGCAAGAGACGGGGUUUUGUAUAUUAUACCAUGGGCCAAAUUAAAGAAGUAGCAAGACACUUUUACCAUAAAGAAAUGAAGAUUGAACUGGUGAGAGAAGAACUUCUAUUUGACAUGGUUCAUGUAACUUUUCAAUUAACUUUCGACAACAGAGCUUUUACUCUGGCAUCGCUGGCGAUGACGAGAGAAGAGAAGCAUCUACCGAUUAGUGCUUCUGUUCUGUUUGAGAUUUUUCCAUUUUGUAUCGUUUUUGGUUCAGAUAUGGUAGUCCGUAGUAUAGGAAAUUCCCUAAUGGUAAUUCUUCCUGACUUAUUGGGGAAAAAAAUCACCAAUUGGUUUGAUCUCGUUAGGCCACUUACAGCCUUCAAAUUUCAAACGAUUUUGAAUCGUACUAACAACAUUUUUGAACUAGUAACUGUAGAGCCUGUUUUACACGAUAAACCUCCUGACAGAGGCAGACAAGAAAUGAUACUUAGCGACGAACUCGACGUAGACGAAGAUAGAAAUUUGAGGCUUAAAGGACAAAUGAUUUACAUGGACAAUUGGAAGAUGAUGAUGUAUUUGGGAACUCCCGUAAUGCCUGAUUUGAAUUCCCUCAUCAAUUCCGGUCUCUAUAUUAAUGAUCUCUCUAUGCACGACUUCAGUAGAGACCUGAUGUUGGCUGGAACCCAACAGUCAGUCGAACUGAAAUUAGCUUUAGAUCAAGAACAACAGAAAAGUAAAAAAUUGGAGGAAUCUAUGCGAAAAUUGGAUGAAGAAAUGAGGAGGACAGACGAAUUAUUGUAUCAAAUGAUACCAAAGCAAGUAGCGGAUAGAUUAAGGAAAGGGGAAAACCCGAUCGAUACUUGCGAGAUGUUCGACAGCGUUUCAAUAUUAUUCUCUGAUGUCGUUACAUUCACUGAAAUUUGUAGCAGAAUUUCACCGAUGGAAGUUGUGUCCAUGCUAAACGGAAUGUAUUCGAUCUUUGAUAGAUUAACGGAACGAAACAGAGUGUACAAAGUGGAAACUAUCGGAGACGCCUAUAUGGUAGUGUCUGGAGCUCCUGAAAAAGAAGGCAAUCAUGCCGAGAGAGUAUGUGAUAUGGCUUUAGAUAUGGUAGAUGCCAUACAGGACCUCAAAGAUCCCUCUACAGGACAACAUUUGCGGAUACGCGUUGGCGUUCACUCUGGGGCUGUGGUGGCAGGAAUUGUAGGUCUAAAAAUGCCUAGAUAUUGUUUAUUCGGUGAUAGCGUGAAUACAGCAUCUCGAAUGGAGUCUACAAGUGAAGCUAUGAUGAUCCACAUUUCGGAAUACACGAGAAAGCUCCUUCCCGAUACGUAUAAAGUGUUAGAAAGGGGAGAAAUUCAAGUUAAAGGAAAAGGUCACAUGAAGACGUAUUGGUUGCAAGGAAAAGAAUCGAGAACCCCAAUAGAUCGUCGAGAAACAGCACCAUUAGUACAACAGGAGAUCGAUCCUUUAGAUAAUAGGGAAUUUAAGUCGAACAUUCAUGCGGAGGACCGAAGAAGUGUCGUUUACUCUCCCAUCACAUUUCAAGAUGUGGCUCGGAGGAGUAUAGCAAGUUCUCCGGUUAAACAUUCGCAGAGUACAAGAGAGUUGCGAUCCAAUUCAGCGGGAGCAGUCUAUGGAAUGUGUGAUCCUGCUGACAUAUUCGGUUCCAUAAUUCUCGACAAUUCACCAAUCAAAGAAGAUAGCGAUAAACUAUCCUGUCAACUUCAGAAACGCACGAGCGUUCCGACACCACAAAGCAAAAAGACCUUUUCCCAGGAAGUCAGUCUAGUAGCGCAAGGAUCACCUCUGACGUCACCACCAGCUAUCCUGCUAUCGAACCACCUGGAUAAAGCUUUAAAACCUCAGCCAAAGGAAACCACAACCGAAAAUAAAGACAAAGACAAUAACCAACAGUACGAAUUUGGUAAAUCCAUGUACGAUUACGCGAAGAAAUUCGAUAACAACAAGAGAAACGAAAAGUGCGUGAACAACAGAGAAAUUCCGGUUUCGAAAAGUGAAGGAGACUUGCAGGGGAAGAAAUCUUUAGUUAAUAAUUUGUCGAAUAGUCACAAUCAGCACUUAAACAAAUCUCACCAUCACCACCAUCAUCAACAUCAGUGUUGUUCAGGAUUUGGAGCUGCGAACAGGCAUAGGUUUCAAAGCAAUGCAUGUGUUAUUAAUUGAUUUAGAUUGUUAAGAUUGUAAUUAAAAUUAAAAUGCACAAAUCAGUCGGUGAAAACGUGAAUGACAAUAUUCUUAUGUCAAUAAUGAGAAGUAAGAAAUUUCAAAUCUUUACACAACUGUCAGUAAAUACACAGGGUGUUUCAUCUCCACUGAUCGAUUAAAUUACUUCAAGAAAACUAGCCACAUAGGGAAGCGUUACACUUCCAGUUUCGCUGGAAAUAAAAACAACUUUUGUGUUGAGUGCAAAAAUGAUAGUUCCAACUAUGCAGCUGUAAUUUAAAAUGUUUCAGAUAUCGUAAAAAAUUAGAGGUUUAUAAAUUUCAUCUUGUUUAGGUACUCAUAAUUUAAAAAAGAAUGCUCCUAUUUGCAAAAAAAUAUUAUACAAGGUGUUUUUGAAAUACAUAUACAAAAAAUUUGAGGCGUCUAGUGAGCCUUAGAGGUCUGAAAAUUUUCCUGAUAACACCACUGAUGAAUCACCAGGUACAGUUAAUGUAUGUACAGUCGUGGCCAAAGAAAACUGGAGCACUAGGUUUGACACAUAUUUCCAAAUAAAAAAAAAAUAUAAUAGGGUUUAAUUGUUUUGUUUGACAAAUCAAAUAAUUGUAACAAAGUCACUGUCCAACUAAAAGUUUGUUACGUCAAAGUGGUCCAGUUUUCUAUGGUCGCGACUUACUUUUAUAAAUUUCGGCAACCACAAAACCACAACAAUCCCAGUGACAACGAUAAUGACAAGUAAAAUGCCAAAAAAAAUUGUUAUAUCUAAUGAAUUAUUGCAAAAUUUACCAGAAAAAUAGGUAGGUUCAUCGUAAUAGUCUAACAGUUAUAGGUUGUGCAGUUGUUAAUUUGGAAGGCUUUUCCAGAUGUCUGUUUUUUUUAUCUUGAGUGAACAGCAAAACCUUUUGUUAUUCCAAUAAUACUCAAAUCGGCAAACGUAUUUAAAAAACUUUUCUUAAACAACGCAGAUAAAAAUAAAGAACUUUAAAUUCGUCGGAAACCGAAAAAUCAAACUCAUAAAAACAUAAAUAAAUCAUAUUCUAACUUCAACAAAUGUCAAACAAAAAUUAAAUUCAAUUUUCAACGUGCCGUUUGCCAGACAGGCCGCAGCUGUGUCUUGUUUAUCAUGUCCGGAUUAC